GGGUUCUCUCCCCGGCUCUGGGAGGGGAGGGCUCCGGGUUCCCCCGCUGACCCCGCUCCUCCCCCGCAGUACGCCCUGUAUAAGAAGAUGACGCAGGCGGCCAUCCUGAUCCAGAGCAAGUUCCGCAGCUACUACGAGCAGAAGAAGUUCCAGCAGAGCCGGCGGGCCGCGGUGCUGAUCCAGCAGUACUACCGCAGCUACAAGGAGUACGAGAAGCUGAAACAGGGCCACCGGGCCUCCGCCACCAUGCAGCAGAAGAUGAAGGGCACUUUCCUCACGAAGAAGCAGGACCAGGCCGCCCGUAAGAUCAUGCGGUUCCUGCGUCGCUGCCGGCACAGGAUGAAGGAACUAAAGCAAAGCAAAGAGGUGGAAAGUUUACAGAAGCGAGGUCUGGCUACUUAGCGCCGCCCCCCUCUACCCCCCCUUGCGUGUCCCCCCCCGCGGCCCGCCAAAGCCUGGGGCAGCCACGCCGGGAACCCAGGCAUCUGGGACCGGCCGCCCCCACCUUCGCU